AUGAUGAAUCAAAGCAAAUUGAGAAUAAAAUAUAUUAAAGCUCUAUAAAAGAUUAAUCUACAAAAUCAAUCUUUUCUAAUCAUAAGUUAGGGUAAUUUAAUAAUAAUACAAAAUAGGUGUACAAAUAGCAAUCACCAAAAUAGUUCUUUGAUACUAGCUCUAGAGAAUUUCUUAAUGUUUAAUCAAAAUUUAAUAAAAAAAAAAUACUUCUGGGUAAGUCUCCUUUGUAGAAGUAAGAUAAAAAUAUAAAAUUAAUUCAAGAAAACGAAUAAUAACAAAAAUAAUUAAAGGAAGAAAAAUAUAAAGUUGAAGAAUUUAAUGCUUAUAUAAUAAAAAAUAAUGCAAAGGUAAAUGUAAUAGUAAAAAUUGUAUUCAAUUAUUUGA